GUGAGUCGAGCCUGCUGUCAGUCAGGGAAGGGUUAAACUGGGAGUUUGCAGCAGUCUCUCCUUUCUGUCCACGGCAUUUAGCGGAAAACAUCUGACUCCUGCUCGUUUUCCCGAAGCUGUGUUUGGUUUUUUUUUUUACUCAUUUUGCGCCGGAGCCGCGGAGGCAUCAGGGGAAAAACCAAAAAUCCACUGUUUCUCCAACUGGAUCCUUACUGCGCGCUUUCAAACAGACAAAUAACAAGAAAACCAUGUGUGGGUGUUGAGGAGUCAUCUGCUCGGUUUGACCUCGCUGCCCCCUGAAACACGGAGCUGCUGCCGUCUGCGUUAUCCUCCCACCCCGCCCCCCCCACCACCGACCGUCUGCUCGUCCGGCGAGGCUCACUCGGCACCAUGUCCGCUGAGGUGGUGAACAGCGCUCCCGUCGCGGCUGAUCCCAGCGCAGCGUCCCCGACUACAGCCUCGACCUCCAACACCCCUCCCGCGUCCCCUGCCACAUCCAAGGUCCCAUUCAAGAAAGAAAAGAAGAAAGUACCAGAAAAGACAGAUGAGUACCUGCUGGCCAGGUUUCAAGGAGAUGGCGUGAGGUACAAGGCUAAGCUGAUUGGCAUUGAUGACGUCCCAGAGGCCAGAGGAGACAAGAUGUGCCAGGACUCUAUGAUGAAACUUAAGGGUAUGGCAGUAGCUGCUCGGUCCCAGGGCAAACACAAACAGAGGAUCUGGAUCAACAUUUCCAUGUCGGGCAUCAAGAUCAUUGACGAGAGAUCAGGAGUGAUCGAACACGAGCACGUGGUGAACAAGAUCUCCUUCAUCGCCAGAGACGUCACAGAUAACAGGGCGUUCGGAUACGUGUGCGGAGCAGAAGGGCAGCAUCAGUUUUUCGCCAUCAAGACCGCGCAGCAGGCAGAGCCCCUCGUCGUUGAUCUGAAAGAUCUGUUCCAGGUCAUCUUCAACUUGAGGAAGAAGGAGGCUGAGGCUCCACAGAAGGGCGAAAAUGGCGGCACUGUAGUUGAGAAUGGAGGCGAUGCCUUGCUAAGUAUGGAUGAAGCAAAAACUACCCAACCAGUGGAGCAGCAUGACCUUUUUGGAGCCAUGUCGACCCCUCCAGACAUCCAGGCUCCAAAUGACUCUAAUGAUAUUCUCUUGCUGGACUUUUCUGCUGAAGUUGACAGCAAUCAGAAUUGCAUAAAGGGAAACUCCUUUGUAACGUCCUGUGCCCCUGACCGUAGGGCAUCUUCCCAGACAGAGAAUCCCUUUUCCUCGACAUUUGGCUACUUUCCAACUCCAGACACUGACCCUUUCAGAGAUGACCCCCUUUCUAAAUCACCCACUCAGUCGGCACCCGAUAAUUCGCACAUCUCCCUCGCCACCACUAAUCACCUAAACAGCAUUGCUGGCAACACUAGUAAGACAUUUAUUAAUGGUGGUUUGAAUGGAGACUCUGAACAUCUCAGUCAGCAGAUAAAUGGUUUGUCAAGUAAGACCAUGAUCCUCGCUCUCAGUAACGGACAGUGGCCACUAGGGGGCAAAAUAACUCAGGGCAACACAAUUACCAUGAUGGACGGGAAUGAAUCCGGACCGGUUCUCUCAACCAAAAACCCGUUUUUUGACUCAUCAUUGAAAACUGGCCCUGUCUCUAACGGCAUUACUCAUCACCCACAACCCCCAGUGACUCAUAGCAAGGAUUCAGUAGUCAUAAAUCCGCCUCCACAGAGCUCUAAGGCCGGACGAGGUCGAAGGAGUGCAAAGUCCACAGCAAGUGACCUGUUUGGAGCAGACCUCUUUGCAGCUCCUGCUCAGUCUGAAGCAUCAUCUGCUUCAGGUGAUCUUUUCAACAGUGCACCUGCCAACUCCGCUCCAUCAUCCAUAGCUGCUCUGGGGAAUCUUCAUUUGGGUCCUCCAGCUACCACAACUAUCCCUGCUGUAACCAUGUGGGGAGCCUCUCCUGCUGCACCCACUAUGUUCCACAUGCCAGGAGUGACAGCUCCAGUCCCUGGGUUCAACUACCCACAGCCAUCUGCCUUUGGCGGUCUACCCAUACCACCCACAGCCUGGGGCCAGCAGUUGCCACCUCAGUUUAGCAACCCACCUUUAUCCCCACCUCACAUCUUCCCUCCACCACCUGGGCAAGCUGCUACUCCAGGCUGGGGUCAGCCCGCCAUGACCAAUCCUUUCCAUCCUGGUGCGUUCCCUGCAAUGGGUGACCAGCACGGUCCCUCACGCCCUCCCCCUAGGCCGCCUGCUAAGGAGGCCCAACCAAAGGUAGAGAACAGUGCCUUCACAGCUUUGGACCCCCUUGGAGAUAAAGAGAAGAAGAUGGGAAAGGACAUGUUCAAGGAUUUCCAGAUUGCCAAACCCCCUGCCAUCCCGGCGAGGAAAGGGGAGCAAGGGGCCAACCCCGCUGCAGCCGGCAGUAGUAACGAAUCUGGAGCAUUUGAUCAGUACUUUUCCAACAAAGUGGGCCUGGCUCAGGAUACUGCAGACCACGAUGACUUUGAUAUCAAUCAAAUGUCAGCAGCUGUUAACGCUCCUGCACCAGCUGCAGCUCCAAGCUUUAACCCUGGCCUCCUCAAUGCUGCCUUCGGUUCUGCCCCCACCGCAAACAAUCAGGCAAACAACCAGGACAUGUUUGAUAAAGCAUUUGGGGCCCCAAAUUCCAGUCCGUUUGGAGCGCCGCCUGUAGCCAUGCAGACGACUGCUGUUGGUCAGACUUCUGGUUCAACAGCUGCUUUUGGGGAUCCUUUUGGAAAUCCCUUUGCUUGACCAUAACUUUGUCUAUAAUUGAAAUGGAGUGAAUGGAGAUCUUUACAUCAAAUAACACCUUUGGGACGAGCUGCUACAGCGCGCGCAAGACAAUCCAAAUUAUGAACUUUUCUGACUCUUGUCCCCGACCCACCCUUCUUUUACACCUCCACCUCUGAUGUUGUUUCUUUUCUGUCCAAUCAGUAGUUCCUUUUUUUUUUCUCAAGACCACUGAUCUAAGAAGUAAAUGUUAUGUCAUGAUCUGCUGAAGAAAGAAAUGUGGUGUGUGAAAGAAGGCACGUCCAAAGAGGUUCACUGCUGAUGCUGUCUGUAUUGAAGAAAUAAAAUAAUUCAAUGAUAACGCUGCAA